GAUUAGUUGCACUUUGUAAACGAGGAAGUAGACGCAGGCAAGUAAAGAAUAGAUGACAGUUGAAGAAAUAAAGCUUCAGAGAUGAGAGCCUCAUGUGGGAUUUUGUUGCUGGCGUUCGCUGCAGCUGCCUCAGCUCUGGAGAACGGGCUGAUGAGGACCCCUCCUAUGGGCUGGAUGGCCUGGGAGAGAUUCCGCUGCAAUGUGGACUGCGAGAAUGACCCCAAGAACUGUAUCAGUGAACAGCUGUUCAAAGACAUGGCUGACAGGCUGGCGGAGGAUGGGUGGCGAGAGCUGGGGUACGACCACGUCAUGAUCGAUGACUGCUGGACCUCCAAGCAGCGCGACAAACAUGGACGCCUGCAGCCAGAUCCAAAGAGGUUCCCGGGAGGGAUAGCCAAGCUGGCACAGUACGUCCACAACCGGGGUCUUAAACUGGGCAUCUACGCAGAUUUCGGCAAUUACACCUGUGGCGGCUACCCGGGCACCACCUUCGACAAGAUCGAGACGGACGCGCAGACGUUCGCUGAUUGGAAAGUGGACUACCUCAAGUUUGACGGCUGCUACUCUAGUGCUGAGGACCAGGAGAAAGGGUACCCACUCAUGUCGAAGGCUCUGAAUGCAACAGGCCGUUACAUUGGCUACUCCUGCAGCUGGCCGGCCUAUCAAGGCGGACUUCCUCCAAAUAUUAACUACACACUCCUGGGGGAAAUCUGCAACUUGUGGCGUAACUGGGACGACAUCGAGGACUCGUGGUCGAGCGUGCUCAGCAUCGUAGACUGGUUCUAUGGCAACCAGGACAAGCUGCAACCAGUGGCAGGACCGGGCCACUGGAACGACCCCGAUAUGCUGAUCAUUGGUAACUUCGGCCUGAGCCCUGACCAAUCACGUUCUCAGAUGGCUCUCUGGGCCAUCAUGGCCGCCCCGCUGAUCAUGUCGAACGACCUGCGUACGCUGGCCAGCGACGCCCGGAACAUUCUGCAGAACAAGGCCAUCAUCGGCAUCAGCCAGGACCCCUUAGGCAUCCAGGGCAGACGCCUGCUACAGGAGAAGAGUCGUAUUGAAGUGUACUGGCGUCCUCUGGCUGGCUCUGCCAGUGCUCUGGUGUUCUUCAGUCGGCGUACGGAUAUGCCCUAUCGCUACCACUGCAGCCUGGAUAAGCUCAACUACACUGCUGGCCUCUACAACGUGUAUGACGUCUUCACAGGCGAGGUGACAUCUUUGGCGUGCAGCACCACACAGUUCACAGUCUCCAUCAACCCCUCGGGCGUGGUCAUGUGGUACGUUUACCCAGACACUCGCCACACACAGACGGAAGGAGGUGACAGGAAGUACCCCACGGGACACAGGAAGUUCCCCUAAUGCACGGAGGAUGGAUAAAGUGUCCUCAAUCAGACGUGGUCAGUUUAACGGAGAGCAUUUCUUCCUGUGAAACAAACCCGAUUCCAUUGUCAUCUUUCCCAAACGGAGUCUUGCGAGCUGGUGAUUCACCAUGAUUCACAAAGGUGACAGAUUUAAGACUGACUUUGUCUGGAACAAUCAGACUGAUUUUACUCUGCCUCAUGGACAGGUUAAUGAGGAAAAUAUUUUUUUGCACUUUUAUAAUCCAGUUUUCCUAUUAUAUGAUUUUUAUUGUAUUUUUGAUGUCUUGUCAAUGGCACACCAAAGUGGAAUAAAAACAAGUGCUUUGUGUUGAA